AUUUGCGAAGCCACCAUAACCCCCUCUUCCUCGACCUUUUUCUCAUAAAUUUUAAAAUACUUUGGUUAGGUACUAUCUAUUUUUAAGGUCUAUGGAGGGUUCGUCCAAAGGGUUGACAAAAGGUGCAUGGACUGCUGAAGAAGAUAGUCUCUUGAGGCAAUGUAUUGAGAAGUAUGGAGAAGGCAAAUGGCAUCAAGUUCCUUUAAGAGCUGGGCUAAAUCGAUGCAGAAAGAGUUGUAGACUAAGAUGGUUGAACUAUUUGAAGCCAAGUAUCAAGAAAGGGAGACUUAACUCUGAUGAAGUUGAUCUUCUUAUUCGCCUUCAUAAACUUCUAGGAAACAGGUGGUCCUUGAUUGCUGGUCGAUUGCCUGGUCGGACGGCUAAUGAUGUGAAAAAUUACUGGAACACACAUCUGAGUAAGAAAUAUGAACCAGGUUGUAAGACUAAAAUGAAAAAGAAAAACAUCAUUUCCCCUCCUACAACAACAACAACGGUCCAAAAAGUCAAUGUUUUUAAGCCUCGACCUCGAUCCUUCACUGUUAACAAAGACUGCAGCCAUCUCAAUGGCCUACCAGAAGUUGACAUAACUCCCUCAAGCAAUGGACUCAUCAUCAAUAAUGUUUCUGAUGAUAGUAUCACUUUUGACAAAGAUGAUGAGAAAGAUGAUUUUCUGAAUAUUCUAAUAAAUGAAGAUGAUAUGUGGUUGGAGAAUUUACUGGACGAUAGCCAAGAAGCAGAUGCAGUAGUUCCAGAAGCCACGACAAAUGAACAGGGGGCCACUUUGGCGUUUGACGUUGAGCAACUUUGGAGUCUGUUCGAUGGAGAGACUGUGCAACUUGAUUAGUGUUUCUCACCGUUUGUUUGCGUCUAUGUGUGGGUUUCCUUUGGUAUUUAUUUUAUAUCUUUCUUCAUGAACUAUAAUGACAUUUAGCGUUUCAAACAAACCUUUCUUUCUUUCUGUG